CGCUAACCACAUGUAUUGACAUAUUCGUAUCCAAUAUGGCGUACAGAAAUGUUGUUAGAAAUCCAAGAUUACAAGCGAGAAUUUUUCUCCCGGAAUGGUUUCUGAAAUGCGUUAGGCCUACGAAAGAAGUUCCCGAUAACGUGGCUGUAUUUCAUGUUCCGAUGGAGUAAGUUUUUUUUAAUAAUGCUUCUAUAAUUUUUGCACAUAUUUCACGUAUUUUGUACAAGUUUUUGAAACAUGUUUUAAAAAAACAACAUGUUUUAAAAUACUUUAAUUAUAUAAUACCGACCUAUGCAAUCGAUAAUCAAUGGUCAAUAAAAUCGAUAUCAAAUCAGAUUUAUAUUAAUUCAAAUGAUCUCGAUUAAUAGUAAUAUUGAAAACUAAAUAGUAUCAAUUACUGUAUUGAUAAAUUGAUUAUCAAUAAAAUCAAUAGUUUAAUUGUGAUCAUCGAUCAAUAUCGAUGAGCAAAUGCGGCAAGCAAUAAAUAUAGAUUCAUUUGAUAGCAAUUGGUCAUCAGUCAUUGAUUUGAUUGCAAUUGGUCAUCAGUCAUUGAUUUGAUUGGCUAUCUGAUCAUUGAUUUUCAUUGAUUGUAUAGGCCAGGAUAAUAUAUGAAUUUCCAUGCUCUAUUAAUCAAUUCCAGGAUGUCACGACUAGACGUCAAGAACUACUUGCAAAGCAUCUAUCAAAUAAAUGUAUCCAAGGUUAACGUCAGGAUACAAACAGGUCAGUCUGGUUAUAAAAGAACCCUUCUCGAAAGUACAUCAUCUUCAUUAUUGAGCCUUGUUUUAGGUGCGGGCUUUAAAGAUGAUGUCCACUCCAUUCUACGCAUCAGUUCUGCUCAUAACAAAGGGGGACCCCUAGAUAUAAACAUUGCCCAAAUUUUGCAUCUUUCGAACUUUUUUGAAUUGAAACGUAGAGUUUAUAUUCAUUUACAAGCAUGGCGAACCAGAAAAGGGUUAGAUAUUCAGUUAGUAUAUCAUAUUUUACAAAUAGAGCAGUUCAACACGUAAACAAAGUUUGCACAUGCACACACGAGUGGACAUCAUCUUUAACUAAUAUUACUUACAUGAAAAGGAGGCUCUAUUCAGGCUGUCCAAAAUUGUGGUAACCAAACCUGGGUUACCGCAAAGGUGAUCUUGCACUAACCCAAUUUUCUGCCACAAGUCAUUUUGGACAGUAACUUAUAUUUUGGCUUAUAUUGUCCAUAAUCCAUAUUAACCCAUUGGGUCGCAUUGCACCCUGAUGCACCCUACUUUAGUAUUUUACUCUGUCUAACGCCAGACAAUUUUACUCGUCAAGGGGAGAGCACUGGUGCUUAAUGGGUUAACGCUAUAUGUUUAUUUGUAGGUAAAGCUGAACGGGUCAUGAUGAAAAAUGGAGCUGUCAAAUUGCAACGACAUCCUGACAUCAAAGUUGCUUAUGUGACAAUGGUAAAUAUACAUUGCUGGCAUUUUAUUUUACUUCAAACAUGGAGACCAGUGUAUGUAGUAUUCUACAAUAAGCUGCCGUGGUUUGUGUCUGAAGAACAUAUUCCGAAUGUACGCCUUUUGUCUCAAGGUUAUUUUGAAGAUGCUUUUGCUCCACGUUUUUAUGAUCUGUUUUGGGUACCGAUAGUUCAGACAGAAAUCACAGCAAAUGUAUAAUUAUAUGGACUCUAAUUUCAUUUUCCUAGGCUGAUACCAAGUUUAAGUUUCCUGAGCUGUUUGUAAAGUCAGACAAAAAGUCGCCUCUCGAAGAUCUUCCUACUGACAAGAAACCAGAAGAAUUCAGAUGGUUUUAGUUUGGCUGCUGGCUAACUUAUGCAGCGGAUGUGAAGGUGAACUUCGAGUAAUUGCACUUCGCUCUUUUCCUGACAGAAAGGCUGCAUUGGAGGCAAAGAAGGACAAGAACAAUUAAUUCCAAGAAGGACAGAUCUCAGCAUCUUGUGGAAAAGAACAAUUAAAGCUUGUUAUGGCUUAGGGAGUCAGAAAAAAACAUUGGCAAUGUAUGAUUCAUUCACAAAUAAAAUAUAUGCCUGUAUAGUGUACACAUGUUUAUGCCACUUGCCGUCUAUAGUACCAGAUAGUAGUCUACCGGAUACCGGUCAGGAGAAAAUGAUGACCGGAUAAUAACCAGAUACUCCCAUACAAUAAUUUAUUAGAAGCACA